UCUAAGGUAUCAAAAUUUUCUUCCACUUGACUUCGUCUGAAUGUUUACCCUCGCUUCAUAUAUUUCCAUCAAUUGGGCACUCUGUUUUUCAGAUUUUUUUUACCCGUCCUAAAAAGUAUCGGGGAUUAAGCUGCUCAAGUGCAGAUGUGGGUGAAGUUCUUGAAUUUCAGACAUUAAAGAAUAAUGGGAUCGGACAACACCACAAUGACGAGUUCCAACUCGGAUUUGAAGCAAUGCAAGCGCUCCAACUUUCUCGAGCCGUCUCUGGCGAGUGUUGGCUUCUUCUUCUUCGUCACUCUUCUCUUUGUUACCACCUUCUUCUACUUGAACUUCGAAGUGGCCGUCAACAGAAUCAACUUCCCUCAUUUGGUAGGUUGGGCAGGAGUAAAUGACUCAUCAUCGUCAACGGUGUCACGUCCUUCGGAACUUUUGCAAACUUGUGGGAACGAACGGGUUGGAUUUCUUGAAGAAGGUGGUGGUGAGUGUGACAUAUUUGAUGGCAGUUGGGUUUGGGAUGAGAGCUAUCCAUUGUAUAAACCCCAAGAUUGCACAAUCAUAGAAGGAGGUUUCAGUUGUUCUCAGCAUGGAAGGCCUAAUGAUUUCUAUACCAAGUGGCGUUGGCAACCAAAAUAUUGCAAGUUGCCCAGAUUUGAUGCAGGGACGAUGUUGGAAAAGUUGCGGAAUAAGCGUGUUGCAUUUGUUGGAGACUCAUUGGCAAGGAACCAGUGGGAAUCUCUGAUUUGCAUGCUCUCCACUGCCGUUUCUAACAAGUCUUCUUCAAUCUACGAGGUGAAGGGGAAACAUAUCACCAGGCGAGCAGGGUCUUUGGUUUUCAAGUUUGAGGACUUCAACUUCACUCUUGAAUUCUACAGAAGCCCCUACCUAGUCUCUAGGGCACAACCUCCGGCUGGCGCUCCUCCCGAGGUGAAGUUGCUUCUGAGACUAGAUGUCGUGUCCUUGAGUUACAGCCUAUGGAAAGGCGCAGACCAGGUUAUCAUAAGCUCUGGCCACUGGUGGACUUACGAAAAGACGAUAGCAAUGGGUCGCUACUUCCAAGAUGGGGAGGAAAUAAAGAUGAAUAUGAAUAUUGAAGCUGCAUACAGGAGAGCGAUUGAGGCAGUGGUUGAUUAUGUUAAUACUCAAGUUAUCAAGGACAAGACUCGCGUAUUUUUCAGAACUUUUUCUCCAGAUCAUUUCAGACGCGGAGCUUGGAACACCGGUGGUACCUGUCACUCGGAAGUUCUACCUGACUUGGGAAUUCAUGGCGCGUCUUACCCUCAUGCGAUGAUAGCCAUGGAUGUGUUAUCACAGCAUCUGAAUGUGUUGCGCUUGUUGAAUGUGACACACAUGACAUCAAUGAGACAGGAUGGCCAUCCAUCCAUGUACCAUAGAGAGGUUGAUAAUGCGACGGCAGCGUUACAGAAAGCGUUACAGAAAAGCCAAGACUGCAUCCACUGGUGCCUUCCCGGUGUGCCUGAUUCAUGGAAUGAGCUUCUUUACGCGCUCGUCCUCAAGCAGGAACUGUCUAAUGCGUAAUUUUGUAACUAUACAUCAUUGAGUUUCCUUGUGUCAGAAUCUUGGAGAAACUAAAUCUCGAUGACUCUUGGCAUGCAUAUGUAAGCUUCUUCUUACAUUUUGUAAUCAAAAGAGACCUGUAAGCUAUUAUGUAUGCUAGGAAUUUGAGGAUUUUGUUGUGGAUCAUGCCUGAAUAGCAGAUUGUUGAAUACGGUGUUUCCUUUGAUAAAUGAAUUCCAACA